ACCACUCGUCAGACCGAUUUUUGUUGUGCGUCAGUGAAUGUGGGUUUUUCUGUUUGUUAAUGAGUGUGUUUGGGGUUAGCAGUGGAAAUACCAUUGCCGUGUGUUUUUGGUUGCUCCUUUGGAGCCCUACGUGCUGCAGACCAUUGUCAUAGGAAGGGGACAGACAGGAGGACACAACCCUUUGGCUUUAGUUGUGACGUCCCAGUAGAUCUUCCCAAGGUGUAUCAGAGGGGACAUUUUUGCAACCUUAUAAGGAACUUUAGGAUUUAUUUGGGGAUUUUAGGAGGACAAGAACAGUGACGACAUUUACACCAAACACAGAAAAACCUGUUGGAGCUCGUCAGUCAGUUUGCAGUUUCAAGGUUCCAGCGUCCGCACCAUGUUCUCCACGGCCACUUCAUACAAGAACCAGCAUUACUCUGAGCUGAAGAGGAAAUGUCUGGAGAACAAGGAACUGUUUGAGGAUCCAGAGUUUCCUGUCACCAACGCAUCCCUGUUUUACAGGAAGCCACCUCCUGGUAUGGUGGAGUGGAAGAGACCACGGGAGAUCAGUGACGUGCCUCAUCUGUUUGUGGAGGGCAUCAGCUCCCAUGACCUGAACCAGGGGCUUUUGGGUAACUGCUGGUUUGUGGCGGCAUGCUCCUGCCUGGCACUGAAGCCAGACCUCUGGCAGAAGGUCAUCCCUGACUGGAAGGAGCAGGAAUGGGACUCCAAGCACAUGGAGAACUACGCUGGCAUCUUCCACUUCCAGUUCUGGGUGUUUGGGGAGUGGGUGGACGUGGUAGUGGAUGACCGCCUGCCCAGCAUCAAUGGAGAGCUCAUUUACUGCCACUCCAAAGUCAAAAACGAGUUUUGGAGCGCCCUGCUUGAGAAAGCCUAUGCCAAGCUCUCUGGCUGCUAUGAGUCGCUGGACGGGGGCAACACUGGGGAUGCGGUGGUGGAUUUCAGUGGAGCCGUGGCAGAGGCCAUUAAUCUUGAGGCAGAAGCUUUCCACAAAGACCAGGGGAGAAUGGACAAACUGUUUGAAGACCUGUUCAAAGUCUACGACAGGGAUGGAAUAAUCAGCUGCUCCAUCAAGGCAUCUCCUUCUGAAAUCGAGGCACGGAUGGCAUGUGGGCUGGUGAAGGGCCAUGCCUACUCAGUGACUUCAGUGAAGAAAGUACGAUUGGGCCACGGGCUGAUAGCCUACUUCCAGAACGAGACCAUCCCCCUGAUCCGCAUGAGGAACCCCUGGGGAAAGAUUGAGUGGAACGGAGCCUGGAGUGACAGUUCAGCGGAAUGGAAAAAGGUUGGCAGCAUGGAGAGGAAUAAGCUUGGCAUCACAGUGGAAGAUGAUGGGGAGUUCUGGAUGGAGUUUAGAGACUGGUGUAAGUACUUCACGGAUGCAGACGUUUGUCGUCUCAUCAACACCUCCCUGCUCACCAUCGACAAGACAUGGAACGAAGUGAUGAUUUUAGGGAGUUGGACCAAGAAUGCAGAACCUCUGCGCAACCGCUGUGGAGGCUGCAUGAACCACAAACAUACCUUCUUACAGAAUCCCCAGUACCUGUUUGAGGUGACCAAGGAAGUGGAUGAGGUUCUGAUCUCCCUACAGCAGAGAGACAUGAAGAUCCACAGACGUAUCGGCCAGGGAGAGAACCUCACCAUCGGCUUCGCCGUCUUCAAGGUUGAACUGAAUAGGAAAUACCGCAUGCAUGACAUCAUCACCCAACUUAACGUGCAAACUACUACGUACAUCAACGCCCGCACGGUGUUCAUGAGGGCCAUGCUCCCCAAGGGUCGCUACAUGAUCAUCCCCUCCACCUUCAAACCUGAGACUCUGGGAGAGUUCAUGCUGCGUGUUUACACUAACGUAGACUCAGGAUGCAGAGAGCUGACAGAACACCAGCCCAGGAUGACGUGUUGGAGUAAGCUGACUGGCUACCCUGUUGCCGUGUCCCAGAUCUAUGUCCACGGAGCAGAGGGGCUGGAGAACCAGGACCGCACAGGGGGCGCGGAUCCAUAUGUGAUCGUAUCCUGUGAGGGCUCCUCAGUCCGGUCAACAGUCAAGGCAGACACCGUGAAGCCGGUGUUUGAUACCAGAGCCAUCUUCUACAGGAAGAAGCCCACAAAGCCAAUCACUGUGGAGGUGUGGAACAGUAAUGCUGUGAAGGACCAGUUCCUGGGCCAGGUGGUUCUGACAGGCUCAGUGAAGGACUCCACAAACCCCCAGAGGCUCCAGUUGAGGAAGAGUGGCAGAGCCAUGGCCGACGAGAUGCCUGGCUCCAUCACCCUCCGUAUCGUCACCUCCACCGAGCUCACAGACAUGUGAACUGGAUCAGCUGACUACUACCUGGGUCACAUUGACAAUGUGUACAACACUCUGUUGCCUCUGACACUUUGAACAGGGGUUCAUCACUACAAGGCAUAAAGUUAUCACUCAGAAUGACUAUCAACGUGAGCUUACAGUAUAUUCUACUAAGGACUGCCAUGGUCAUGGACCAAGAAGCACCUACUAAAGACUGCCAUGGUCAUGGACCAAGAAGCACCUACUAAAGACUGCCAUGGUCAUGGACCAAGAAGCACCUACUAAAGACUGCCUUCGUCAUCGACCAAGAAGUAUCUUCAAGCCUUCUGGAGUUUUGUUAGUUCUUAUAGUGUUUUGUAAAGGGACAAGACAUUACUUUUUGAAAGAUGAAUAACUGUAAAUAUAUUAUUAUUUUAUACUAGAUUAUACACUAUGAAACAUAACUCUUCAGAGUAAUACGCAUACUGUAUCUGUAUACAACAUUAUGCAACUUACACAUUCCAAAAAUAUGUUUAUCAUAUACAAAUAAAAGGGCCUCUUUUCAUCUUGCUGAAAAACAGCCAAAAGGCUCUUGCUGCAAAAUAUUGAAAAGUCUUGAAAGAGCCGAAUGUAUCUAGAGUGUAAGUUUUGGACCAUGGUCAUUCAUUUGUGUCAUUCCACUGAACUUCUUGAAAUGUCUAAAGGGUACUGCCUCUAAACUAGCAUCCUCCUUUGCCCGAAAUGUCUUGCCACUUUUAGUCCCUCUCUACUAACAGCAAAGAAAAGUAAAUCCAUUCAAACCAACAACAAAAAAUGUUUUUAUUUCAGUUCAGUUCCCAAACUGCAGUAUUUUGUUGUUUUACACUCAAGACACAGCCAUGCACAAUUCAGAAUUCCAAAAAGUAUGUUGCUUUAUCCACAAUUAAAAAUAGCUUAUCCAAAACCUUAGUUGUCCCCAGUUGCUUUUUCUCAUCUGUCCUUUUCCAAAGAUGGGGCUUGCUGAGGUUCACCAGAUGGGUCAGCAGUUUACAAACCCAGAUAAUAAUCAUCAGCAUUUUAAAUAAACACUUUUUUGCCUUUG